CCAGCUUCAUCAGCUGUAGCUCAUAACUGCCAGACAUGCGUCUUUCCUCACUUUUGGCCCUGUUCAGGCCUGCUUUACCCCUUAUCCUCGGGCUGUCACUGGGAUGUAGUCUGAGCCUUUUGAUGGUGUCCUGGACACAAGGGGAUACCGAUGACUCCUGUGGAGAUGAGCUGGCGAAUGGGAGGCUCUUCCUGGGCAGAGGAGAUGGCCAGAGGGACCCGAGGGAUGGAGCUGGAGACGAUGACUUCCAGCCACGUAUCGUGCCCUAUCACAAGGAUCCCAACAAGCCACACAAGAAAGUCCUCAGGACACGGUAUAUCCACACUGAACUGGGCAUCAGAGAGCGUUUGCUGGUGGGUGUGCUGACUUCUCGGGCCACCCUCAACACGCUCGCCGUGGCGGUGAAUCGCACAGUUGCCCACCACUUCCACCGCACCUUUUUCUUCACAGGCCUGCGUAGCCCUAAGGUGCCUCACGGCAUGACUGUGGUAGCCCAUGGUGAUGACCGCCCAGUGUGGCUUAUGUACGAGACAGUGCGUCACCUCCAUCAGCACUACGGUUCAGACUAUGACUGGUUCUUUUUAGCUCAGGAUGACACCUACAUGCAGGCAGAUCGUCUGUCAGAGCUUGUAGGCCACCUCAGUGCAGGUCAGGACCUGUACAUGGGCAGGGCGGAGGAGUUCAUUGGUGGAGAGGAGAAGGCACGCUACUGUCACGGGGGUUACGGCUAUCUGCUGUCCCGCAGUCUGCUGGCUCGUCUGCAGCCCCACCUCGACACUUGCCGUAAUGACAUCCUUAGUGUGAGACCUGAUGAGUGGCUGGGCCGCUGUAUUAUUGACUACCUGGGGCUCAGCUGUGUGGAGGUACACCAGGAAAUGACAUAUCGUUACUUUGAGCUCGGUAAAAACGCAGAUCCAGAGCGUGAAGACAGCAUACAGUUCAAAAACGCCUUCACGGUCCACCCUAUAUCAGAACCAAAUCUCAUGUACCGCCUGCACAAACGCUUCAGCCAGAUUGAGUUGGAAUGGACGUACCUACAGAUUCAACAGCUGCAGAUGCAGAUCAACAACCUGAGUGACCUGACACCAGAGGGUAAAGACGGAGUCACGUGGCCAAUUGGAAUCAACGCUCCCUUCAAGCCAAGAACCCGUUUUGAGGUUAUAAACUGGGAGUACUUUACUGAAGAGCAUAUUUACUCGUGCAUCGACAGCUCACCAAAGUGUGAGAUGAGAGGGACCGACCGCGCCGAUGUAAACGCAAUUCUGGAGAUUGCAGUGGAGCGUCUGAAUGAACACUACCAGCCCCAGCUACGCUUCCGCAAGCGCCGUCUUCUUAACGGAUACCGGCGUUUUGAUCCCACGCGAGGUAUGGAGUAUAUUCUGGAUCUUGCGCUGGAAGCUUAUACCCAGAAAGACCACAGUCAAGUCAUUGCCAAACGGGUAAACUUGCUACGACCUCUAAGUGCCGUUGAGAUUAUCCCCAUGCCCUAUGUGACGGAGGCAACGCGCGUGCAGGUCAUCCUGCCCGUCACUGCCCAAGAUCAGGACUAUGUGGGUAACUUCCUCGACAUGUACGUGAUGAACACUUUGGACACCCAUGACAAUGUUUUACUCACAUUCCUGUUCAUUUAUGAUCCGUUUGAUGCUCAGCGAGUGAGCCAGACUGAUGUGUUUGCUGGCAUUAAGGCCAUGAUAGGUGAGGUGGAGAAGCGCUACGGUGAUGUUAAGAUCCCCUGGAUCAGCGUGAAGACGGAGGUGCCAUCGCAGGUUAAGCUGAUGGACAUCAUCUCUAAGAAGCACCCAGUGGACACAUUGUUUUUCCUCGCUGGCGUGUGGACAGAAGUCAAUGCUGAUUUCCUGAACCGCUGCAGAAUGAACGCCAUCAGCAACUGGCAGGUCUUCUUCCCCAUCCACUUCCAAGAGUACAGUCCUGCUGUCAUGUACCGUGACCAACAGCCCUCGGCCGCGUCCUCCUCUUUUGCUUCAGAGUCACUGCGAGAUGGCCACUUCGACCGCCAUGUCUUUGACGAGGCUUGCUUUUACAACGCAGACUACAUGACUGCUCGGACCAAGAUGGCUGCCGACAUCUUGGACAACGAGGAGCUGCUGGAGAGCAUGGACGUAUACGACAUAUUUGUACGUUACUCGGGUCUGCACGUUUUCAGAGCUGUAGAGCCGGCGCUGAUCCAGAAAUAUGUGCGGCGAGCAUGCAACCCACGGUUCAGCGAGGACAUCUACCACCGCUGUGUCCUCAGCAACCUGGAGGGUCUGGGGUCACGCUCACAUCUCGCCAUGGCUCUCUUUGAACAAGAGCAGGCCAACAGCACCUAGAAGCCUGGAGUUCUUGAGAGCGGACCUCAAACAUACCGACUGGACAAAAGGAUACUCAUGAUGAAAAUGUGAAUUGUAAAAUGAUACUUUUAUCCACACACUGAAAUUCUUGCUGUUGUAUUUGGCACAAAAAGCUCAGAAUCAGAUAAAGACAGCACAGUGUUGCCAUGGACAGUUUGACUCGGCAAUUGUUUGCUGAUGCAGUUUCCUACGUGUGUCCUCCAGCUGAAAACCUCUGUGUUCUGUGUUUAUGAGGACCUUGGACUUAGCAGACUAUAACUUGGAAUCUGUCAUGUCUCGAUGAAUUAUGAGUCAAGGAGGUGUCUUUACACAUUUCAAUGAACGUGGACUGCUUGUACUCUGCCAUUAAUGUAUUCUCAAAGGAGUCCAGCGAGAAUAUUUAUACUCCUUUAGAGAAAUAUAGCAGGUUGUGUCUUGAACAAAGGCCUUCAUUGUUAAUGAUUAUUUGAGGAAAAAACUUGAGCCAUAAGUCUUCUUUCAUGGAGAUUUUUAAAGUAAUACUGGAAACAAUCCGAAGCCGUUGGCUGCCUUUUCAUUUAAUAUAUGUUCUUUUUUUAAGAGGUAUUAAAGAGUGAUAUUUCUGCUCAGA